GGAUUAAAAUUCGUCAAGUUUGUACGGUUACGAACGCGCCAACAAUUAUUUUCUUGGUCGCAGCAAUGUUUGUUAAAAUUUUGUCAACGCUCCAACACGUUGUUUGAUAGAUUUAAAAGUUACUAGUUGAUUGGCUAAAAAAUAACCACGCAUGCGUUGCAGCUUCCUGGUGGUCAAAUUGGGAACCUAUUUGUACAGUCGAUACAAUGGCGUUGUCGCCGAAAAUAUAUUUUGACUGAUUUUCGUGUAAAGCAAACGUUGAAUAUAACCGUAAAAAAUUUUUUUAUACAUCCAAAACCAACGAACGACAUUCGUUCCAAUUAGCCGCGGACGCGUCCGCGUACAAUGUGAUAAGUCGGUGUGUCUAGUGUAAUCGUCUUGUAAAACGCCCUUAUCGAUUUUUCGUUGCCGUUUGGUGCAGCGAGAGGUGCCCCGCAUGUUGGAGGCUCCGCCGAGUCCGUACGCGUACAACAACCACCACCGAAUUGUGUUCCCCGAAACCGCCUAACGACACCGUGUGCCAGUGACAUUGCAAAUCGGAACCCCCAAUUUUGACAGCAGCCCGUUCACGAGACACGCGAGACGUACGUACAUUUCGCCAGGGGGGUUGAAAUGUCGCCGACCGAUUGCCGAAUAAACCGCGACCACCUCGACAUCGGCGCCGGCACACCAUCAGCGUGCACAUGCAAAAACCUAAGCAGCUCGUACACGACCAUGACUUCCAUGCGUUUUUUAUAAUUGUUUUUUUUUUGUCGGGCACACCAGUCCGUUUCGGUUCGCGUGAAGUGUCCCCAAAAACAGUCUUGCCCCCCGGAUUAAAUUCAAUUUUUCGAUGUGUGUUCGUACGUGUUUCGGUUUUUAAAACAGAUCUUCCUCUUCCCUCAGCCCACCAUUAUUAAAAAAAAAAGUAACAACAGCAAAACAUAUUUUCUCGAUUUUUUCGCUCAAUUAUCCAAUUCAAUAACCAGAAAAAUGACGCGCUACGUAACGAACGGACAUGUGAAACAAGAAAGCCUUUGUCUCAUCCCGCCGACGCACUACAGGAUGUUGCCGCCUCCACGUCCCGAGGGUUAUGCAGUGAAUCCGCCCACCCAGUUCAUACCCCCGCAGCCCAAUCAGGGCGGCAAUCAAGGGCCGGGGCUUCGGGCGGGAAUUCCUCCGCCCUCUGGGCCGCCAAAUCAGGCCUCAACACCGCCUAAUGCGGAUCUAAAGGUUCAGCAGACGACCUCGAUGUACCGACAAAAUCAGAAUUAUUAUAGACAGCAGGGACCGCAAACUCAAACACAGAGGAUGCCUAACCAUAACAGACCGCCACAGUCGCAAAUUUAUCCGGGGCAACCGAACAACAAUUUCAUGCAUCUAAGCUCGCAACAGCAAAUCUAUGUCCCGUACUUACAUUAUCCACCCAGCCAAAGACAGAGCUACAUGCAACCAAUGAUUCACAAUUUGCCUGGUGGUGCAUAUCCUUUCCAUCUGAAUGUACCUCAAACACCACCCCCAGCUCAAUACUUUUAUAAUCAUGCAAUGAUGCGGCCACAAGCUCCGCCACAGACUGCGUCGGCACCGCCCAAUGCGGUCCAGCAACAGUCGACGGUCCACAUGGGGGCACCGCCCUUGCAGCAAGCGGCCCAGCAACAUGCCACAUACCAAAGGCAGCAAAAGACCAGGAGGCAAAAAGCCAUUCCCAUAAUCGAUCCGGACACGGGCAAGGACCGAUUGACCGAGCUGUUCGACGAAAGUUCACAUCCCGCGUCCGGGGAAUCGUCGGCGAGACAGACGCCCCAGCCGACGCCCCAACAGCAACAACAGAGCGCCGCCGCCGCCAAGGAGGUGCAGUCGACGUUCGCGCGUCUAGUCGCCCAGUCGAUAAAUGUGAACACGUCUCCGAUGUCGAUGGAGACGGGGUCAUCGGGUUCGCCUGUGGACUACCACCAUCCCGGCCACCAUCCUGGCCAUCAUACGGUGGGACACGGUCCCUCGGCCGUCCCGCACCAUCAGAUGCACCAGCCAAUACACCACGGACCGGUGCACCAACAGCCUCCACAUCAACAACCCCCACACCACCACAAUUUACAACAAGUGGAACCCACACUACAACACCACGACGCCGUAAUCAAUGAGGAUCCUAUCGAUCCGACCCAUUAUCCACCACCACCCGGCUCCCAUCCCCCGUCUAUGGACGGGCCCGCGCCUCACAGAAACAUUGAUUUAGCAUCGAAUAGUAAAUUGAAACCUUUGGCCAAGGAAUUCGUCUCGCACAACAAACCGUCGUCCCAGAACAAGGAGACGCCGAUCGUGUCGGCGAACUGCGACUCGGCCGAGGUGACAAUACCGCCCAAGCAGUCCAAGGACCGCGAGAGUCCGGCCAAGGGCGGUCGCAAGCAUAAGGAGCGUGCCGCCGCAGCAGCCGCAGCUGCAGCCGCCGAAAAGGAGAAGGCGGCCGCCCACGAGAGGGAGGCCGUCGCACCGGUGGCCGAACCGGUUCCGGUUGUGGCGGACAAACCGGCCAAUCAACCGGCACCGGCCGUCGGUAGUGGCGAAGGUGGCGUCGCCCCUAAGGAACAGAAGAAGGAGGAAGUUAAGGUGGAGGCUGAAGUGCAGCAGCCACAAGAAAAUACUAAAUCCAAACAAAAUCACGCGAAUAAAAUACAACAAAGUAACAAACAGUUACAAAACCAAAAGAAUAGUGCCGUAUCUGUGCCACCCCCACAGCCGAAGGCUAACAGUAAAGGCAACAAGAAGAACGAGAUUAACCUUAAGGGAGCCAGCAAAGAGGGCUCCGACAUGGACGCAAUCAGCGACACCACAACAAUCAUCCAAAACGAGGAUGCGAUAAACGCAAAUAUUAAAACUAGUGAUCUUAUAAACUCGAACACGUUAUUAAACAACAGUAAUAUCCCCGCUCCUGUUACGGACAAUGCCGCCACCAUCGAAGAUAAUGUCAACAAACAACCGCCUCAACAACAGCAGCAGCAGCAGCAACAACAGAAGACCGUCACGACGACGAAGAACGAAAAUGCCGUCGGUGCUGCGGUGCCUCCUCCCGCCGCCGUCAAGACGCCAUCCGCACCGGCCGUCGAGAAACCAGCCGUGACAAAGAAGCAGCCGUUCAGCGUGACCAACAUUGUUAAAGAUCCGCCGCCACGUACGGUUAAACUGUCGGUGCCCGCGCCCGCGGCCGCGGCCGAAGCGGACGAGACAGAUCGCGCCGGCCUGUCCAACGAACGUCUCGUGCAGGCCAAGAACGAAGCCAACGCCAAGGAGGCGGCCGGCAACUCGACGGCUCCUGCUCUCAAAUACGAAGACGGACAAUGGUCCCCAUUCAACAAAGACGGAAAGAAAGUUUACAAUAGAGACUUCUUAAUGGGUCUAAAAAAUGCCCCGGCCAGUAAAGUGAAACCUGAUAACAUUUUAGAUGUUAUAGUUGCAGAAGAAGGCAGCAAGCGCCCACAAGAAAACAGAUAUGGUUCAAUGGGUGGUAACCGGCCCGAUUUCGCCAACCUUCCUUACGGCAAAUCUAGUUCACAAAGAGGCGGUAUGCCCCAAAAGCGUAACAGCCAAUCCGGCAAGCUGGGCGGAUCCGGCAAAAAUAACAAACCCUCCGGCAAAGUGUCGAUAUCGUUGUCGCUGCGCGACGACGUGAAACUGAACGUGACCGAGAACGCAUGGAAACCAGCCCGUCUGGUCGCCGGCACAAACUUGAGCGAUGAGGAUCGCAAGACCGCCGAACUGUACAAGAAAGUCAGGGGCGUCCUCAACAAGCUCACACCCCAGAAAUUCGACACGCUGCUCAUGCAAGUCCGGUCGCUGAAGAUCAGCACCUGCGAACGUCUACAGGGCGUUAUCGACUUGGUGUUCGAAAAGGCGGUCGACGAGCCGAACUUCUCGGUCGCGUACGCCCUUAUGUGCAGGGAGUUGGCCAUGUUACAGGUGCCCGUCUCGAACUCUAACUCGGAGAAUCCCGAAUUUGUGAAUUUCCGCAAACUGCUCGUCACUCGCUGUCAGGCUGAAUUCGAAAAGCAGUCGGUGGACGAGACGGAACGUGCCCGCAAGGUAAAGGAAAUUGAGGAAUGUACCGAUCCUGAAAAGAAGAAGGAUCUGCAGUUUGAACUGGAAGAAUACGACAGAAGAGUGAGAAUGAAAAGUGUUGGCAAUAUCCGAUUUAUUGGUGAGCUAUUUAAGCAGCAGAUGCUUACAGUUAACAUUAUGAUACGUUGUUUAUCGAAUUUACUCGAAAACAAGGAUGAAGAAAGUUUGGAAUGUCUGUGCAAAUUGCUGACAACCAUUGGUAAAGAACUCGAGUCCAAAUCGGUUAAUUUGGACCAAAUAUUCAAAGUUAUGAAAGAAAUCGUGGAUAGGAAGCACCAAAAAGUGAGCAGCCGAGUCAGAUUCAUGUUGCAAGAUGUGAUAGAUCUGAGAAGUUCAAAAUGGGUACCCCGCAGACAAGACUUGAACCCCAAAACGAUAGAUCAGAUCCAGAAGGAGGCAGCUGAUGAGCAAAUGAACAUCGCUGCUAUGAACAAUGCACCAACACCUCGUAAGGAUGAUCGUGGAUCCAUGGGCAUGAACUCUGAACGCAACAAGCGUGGCAAGAGUGUGUCGGACGACGGAUGGAUAUCGAACAGUCGCAGCAGUCGCAUCACCUUCUCCGUACAGAGCGACAAACUAAAGAAUAAGCCUCCACAAGUGGAAGAAAUGAGUCUUGGAAGCAGUAACACGUUUAGUAACUGGGGACAAGGUUCUCACGUUAAGAACUCUGCACCUCCGGUGAUAACCCAUAGCAACAUAUAUACAGCUUUGGAUAAAAUUAACGAUAACGAUUCAUACUCACAGGACAAGAAAUCAGGUAGCGGUCGUCGCGGCGGUGAUGCCUACCACUCGAAAGGACCUAGUUUGGAGCGCAAUAACAUGCGUCUACCGUACGACGGACGCGGUAGUCGCAGUGGAUCGCAGAAUCGUUACAACGACGGUGGAUCAUCGCAGUCGUCGCAGCGCAGCACUCCGGCGCCGGUAGCCGAAAGUCCUGCGCCGCUGGCACCGUCGCAAGUAUCGGCGCCGCCGCAGCAGCAGCCGUCGACGGCACCCACUGUGGCUCCGUCUGUUCCGUCUGGGCCCAUCGAGGUGCUUACAGAGGAGCAAUUGGAACGUCGCUUCAAGAACAGUUUGGACGAGUACAUCAAUAAUAACAUUGGUGCUGAGGAAUUCGACCAAGAAGUCAAGGGCUGCGUACCUACAAGUUAUAUUCCUACAUUAAUCAACAACUGUUUCUUUAACGUGCUGGAGAAGUCCAAGGUGGCUCGCGUUAAAACCAGCCAAUUAUUCGCUAAACUUUUACAAUUGGAGACAAUUUCCCUCGAAGAUUUCUCAACAGGCUUACAAGAAACCCUGGAAGCUGCUGAUGAUAUGGUCAUCGAUAUUCCGAUGUUCUGGCAAUAUAUGGCCGAAAUGCUUUGUUCUGUUGUUUGCGAAGAAGCUGUACCUUUGGCAAGGCUACGUAAAAUGAUUAGUUGUCUCAGUGAAGACAAUCAUUACAAAUUCAUGGGCACCUUAUUCAAAUUAGUAGUUGAAACCAAAAAUGCUGACUUCCUGAAGAGCAUAUGGGUAGUGUCUGAACUUAAAUUGUCCGACAUAAUUGGGAAAAAAGACCCUGAACAGUUCGUCAAAGACUUUAACUUGGAGUUCCUAAACGAAGGCAACGCACCCGGGUUCACUUUUGACCAAGUUCAGGUGAAAAUGACUGAAUUCUUCAUAACUAAAGCGUCUCUCGAUGAUAUUUAUAAGUGGAUUGAGACAAACGUGGGGGCACACGUCAAGGAGAACAAGUUCAUCCGGGCAUUAGUAACUGCCAUCUUUAAGGAUUGCGUCAAGCAGGACACAUUGAAUCUCGAAACGUUUCAGAGACAUAUGAAACUUCUCCAAAAAUACAUCGACAACAAUCCGAUGUAUGAACUCCAAUGUUUGUAUGCCAUCCAAGCCCUAGUUCAUAAAAUGGAGCAUCCUAAAGGGCUGCUUUUAUCGAUAUGUACCAACUUUUACGAAAACUGGGUGAUUUCCAGUGAAAGCUUCCUGACAUGGGAAAGCAGCACUGAUCCUGCAGAACAGGGUGGAAAAGGUGUGGCUCUCAUGCAACUCACCUGUUUCUUGAACCAGUUGAAGGAAGACUUAAACGGAUCGGAAUCGGAUGAAUAGCACAUAGCCGAAGCCGUCAAGGCACCGUCGCCCCUUUUGCAACAAGCAUAGGAUUGUUUAACCAUGAAACCAAGUGAACUCAAAAUAGACAAUUAAGUUAAUUGAAGUGAACCCAAGACAAUUAGUUAAACAAUUUAUACAGAAUUUAUAUAUUUAAUAUAUUUACAGAUCAUUAUUUAAUAAUCAAUAGAACUGAAGUUAAAAUCGAUAAAAUUAUAAUUAAAUCGAGUGCAGUGAACUUUAUACAUACGUGCUAAGUGCCCUCUAAAAACGGAAUAAAGACCAAAAAAAUUUAAAACAAAUUGUAAGUGAUAAUUAAAACUGAAACGAUUGAAGAGUUGCUAGUAGUGAGCAGUAAACCGGGCCCAGUGGAUGUUUGGAUCGUUUUUAUACUUAUUAUUAUCUUUAUAUUUAUAUAUUUUAUUAUUGUUUAUAGUGAUUGUUAUUAUUUUUUUUUUAAUAAAUGCCCAGAUAACAGUGGUUCUCAAUAUGAUGUGUCCUGGGCCCGGAGUAAGGCAGAACCAGAGUGAAAACGGCAACAAGACACCUGAUUCCACACUACAACGUUUGUCGCUGGAUGACAACAUCUACAACAAGACCGACCGCCAACCAAACAGUUGUUCAUUUAUCUACUCUACCCAUCAUCAGUUUCUGUAGCAAAUGCUUAAAUUUAUUCCUUUAAUUGUUAGUUAAGUUCUAUGAUUAAUAUUUGUCUACUGUAUAAUGAGAUAUGCAGCUGCUCAGUUCAGUUUUAGAUUUUUUUUAUUAAAUUAUAUUUCGGUAGUGUCCUGUCAUACAACAGUUUAGAUGAAUAUAUUUUCUUUCCGUCGUAUGAAAUCUGAAACUGCUACAAUGCGACUGUAACUAGUCAGAAUUGAUUAAACUAUUUAAUUUUGCCAGUCAAAUUGCAGUUCAACAUGGCAGUGUGUCGGAUUUACUUUCAACAUUUCCAAUACCAUACCAAAGGUCUUGUGUUGUAUGAAGUAUGUAAAAUAUGUAUUUAUUUUUUAUAAUUAUAAUAUUUCUGUUAUGUUGAUUGAUAACAUAGCUCACACGCGGUUUUCGUACCGUUGAUGAAACUACUUAUUUAAUUAAAUUUGUACAGAAUGUAUAUAUAUAUACUACAAUUUUCAAAAUUUUCUUAAUAAAUUUUUAUGCAAAAAAUUGGAAUUUCUUUUGCUGAUCAAUGCAGGGAUCAGUUGAGGCGCAUGUAUAUAGAUAUUGAAUGUUGAAACAGACUAUUAUGAUGUAUGGUUCUAUUGAAGAAACCUCAAUUUUGUAUAUAAUUUUUUACCUCUGUGUUAUUCCAAUUUGGCUGGCGUUGAAAUAUUGCAUAUGUUUUAAGGAAACAUGUACAGUAUUUUCUGACUGAAACAUAUUAUGUAAAUACUUCCUCUUUAUGAAUUAAGUUAAUUGAGCUCAGGGCUUUUUAAUGUCCCACAUCUCAAAUUGUUAUAUAUACAUAUUAUACGCAAUUUUUAGUAUAUUUUAUUAUUAAUGAAACUGUAUCAUAGUUCAAUGUUUUCCCCGAUUUGGGACGUUAGAGACCUCAAGAGGUGUACAUUUUUUAUACUGCUAGGCAAACCGAUUGUUAUUUUAAGAAACUGUGACCGGUUUUCCCAGGUGGUGCUAUAUACAAUGUCAAGGACAGGGAUAAUUUAAAAGGUUGGUUACACUACAGAUGAAACACAGUGUUUUUUUUUGAUUAUAUGGAGGACAAACUCUGCCAAAAACUGUUAACAAUUUAUAAAUGAUGCUAUAACAAAACAGGCAACUGACAUAAAUAAAAGAAAUACCAACAA